UCGGAGCCCGGCCCCUUUGCCCUCCUCCGCCUCUUCCCCGCCCUCCGUCCCUCCGUCCGGACAGGGCGGCCCCUCAAGGCAACGCCACCCGCCCAGCCUCCUCCCCUCUUAUCUCGGAGAGCGUAGUGGAGAUAACGGCGGGGGCGCCCCCGCCCGGGCCAUGACCAGCCGGAGAGACACCCAGCGGGCUGUGGAGAUCCUGGCAAGGUACCAGGGGAGUCUGCAGUCCCCGGCGGAGCAGCCUCUGCAAGUCUCCAUCGAGAAAGUGGUUCACGUCUUCCAGAGCGAGCUCUUCCAGGCGCUGCUAGAUAUCCAAGAGUGUUAUGAGCUGAACUUGCUCUCUGCUUGCAAGCAGGAUGGGGCCAUGGAUCUGGAGAAUGUGGGCGAUGCCAGCAAGAAUCAUGACCAUAACAGAUAUGGCCUACAGGGGAAGCUGCAAGGAGGAGAAGCCUGGGGCCAGGACUCAGGGCAGGUACUGCGGCUGGUGAAAGUGAAAGAGAGCAGGACCGAGUUGCUGGCUCAAGUCUGCAGCCUGGUGGUGGGUGUCUGCAGCACCUUGCCCAAGGCCAGCCCCUCGCCCAUUAUUGUGAACACAGAAACCCUGGAGCCUGCCCUCUCUGUGAAUGGCAGUGACGGGAUGUUCAAGUAUGAAGAGAUUGUCCUGGAAAGGGGAAAUUCUGGCCUUGGAUUUAGCAUUGCUGGAGGGAUCGAUAAUCCACACAUUCCUGAUGACCCUGGCAUUUUCAUAACCAAGAUCAUCCCAGGUGGAGCAGCUGCCAUGGAUGGGCGUCUGGGGGUGAACGACUGUGUCCUGAGAGUGAACGAGGUCGAUGUUUCCGAGGUCGUGCACAGCAAGGCCGUGGAGGCCCUGAAGGAAGCGGGGCCUGUGGUGAGGCUCCUGGUGCGGAGAAGGCAGCCCCCACCAGAGACCAUCAUGGAGGUCAACCUGAUGAAAGGACCCAAAGGGUUGGGCUUCAGCAUCGCCGGGGGUCUCGGGAACCAGCACAUCCCUGGAGACAACAGCAUUUACAUCACCAAGAUCAUAGAAGGUGGUGCGGCUCAGAAAGAUGGGCGGCUGCAGAUUGGCGACCGACUGCUAGCAGUGAACAACACCAACCUGCAAGACGUCCGACAUGAGGAGGCCGUGGCUGCACUGAAGAACACUUCGGACAUGGUGUACCUGAAGGUGGCCAAGCCAGGCAGCUCCCACCUCAACGACAUGUAUGCACCACCUGACUACGCCAGCACUUUCUCUGCCUUGGCUGACAAUCACAUAAGCCAUAACCCUGGCCUGGGCUACCUUGGAGGAAUGGAGAGCAAGCCAGCUUACCCUGCUCCGCCCCAGGUCGCGCCUGCCCGCUACUCCCCUGUGCCACGCCAUAUGAUUGGGGAUGAGGACUUCACCAGGUGAGCAAGAACCCCCUUCCCCAC